AUGUCUACGUCUACUCCCUCACGUACUAUCCUGGUCGUCGGCGCGACAGGCCAACAGGGGGGCUUCGUGCUCUCAGAGUUGGCAAACCUCCUAUCGAGCCUAUCUUCGGGUACCAAGCCCGAGGUCAAUGUCUUGGCCUUAACCCGGACUGCCUCCUCGCCUAAGGCUCAGGCAUUACCGUCUAAGUACCCGAGCCUGCAUCUGACGGUCGUGGAAGGCGACACUCGGAACCCGGCCCCGAUCUUCGAGGCGUACCCGCAAAUCGACUCGGUGUUUAGCUACACGACGCCGCCGGACGAGGAGCCGCAGGCCAACCUCCUCAUCGACGCCGUCGCGGCACAUGUCCGAAAGACCGACACACAAACCCCGCAUUCGAAGAAGAUCCACUUCGUCUUCUCGAGCGUUGACCGUGGCGGCGAGCCACAGAGCUGGGAGAACCCGACCGAUAUCCCCCAUUUUAGGGAGAAGCACAAUAUCGAGAUCCAUCUGAAGGCUAAGGCCGACGAGUCGGAGGGCCGGCUGACGUAUACGAUUUUGCGACCGGUCGCUUUCAUGGAUAACCUAAACCCAGGCGGCACCUUCGGCAUGGUCUUCGCCAGCCUCUGGAGCACCAUGCCGGCAUCUCAAAAGCUCCAACUCGUCAGCGUCCGGGACAUCGGGCUCUUCGGCGCCGAAGCACUUCUCGCGUCCCCCGCCUCCCCGCAUUUUCUCAACCGCGCCAUCGGUCUCGCGGGCGAUAACCUCACGCUUGGAGAGGCGCGCGAUAUAUACCGGCGCGUGAGUAAGGGGAGGGAGUUGCCCCAGGCUUGGUGGGUUGUGGGGUGGGCCGUUCGCGGCCUGGUUGCGGCGAAACAUGUUGGUGCGAUGUUUACUUGGUUCGAGACGCACGGGUAUGGCGUUGAUGUUGAGGCGUUGAGGAGGUGGGAGCCGGGGGUGCUGGGGUUUGAGGCGUGGUUGAGGGAGAGUAGUCGGUUUGAGAUUCCGGAGGGGGGGAGUGAGAGGGUGAGGUGA